AUGGAGCUAACGAACAAGCAUUUGAAAGUGUUCAGCUCUUUUUUCCUCGUUUACGUUGAAGUUUUAAUUCUUCUCUCAUGCUUCAACCUGCAGGGUCUUAAUUUGCUCGGUUUAGCAACCCCUGUCGUUCAUGGAAAUGACACAGAUCAGCAAGCUUUACUCGAGUUCAAAGCCAAGAUAACUGGUGAUGAGCUUAGGAUUAUGCAUUCCUGGAAUAGUUCCAUCCAUUUUUGCCAAUGGUAUGGUGUUACAUGCUGUCGCAGACAUCAGAGAGUAACCAAGCUGGAAUUGCAAUCCCAGAAACAAGCGAGGUCUGUAUCGCCAUACAUUGGAAAUUUGAGUUUUCUCAGGGUAUUGAAUCUUGCACACAACAGCUUUAGCAACGAAAUUCCUCAAGAAAUUGGACGUUUAAGAAGAUUGGAAAUAUUAGAAUUGUCCAAUAACUCCAUCAAUGGUGAAAUUCCUUCCAAUUUAUCUGGUUGUUCUAAGCUGACAUUUGUUCACAUGAGAGGCAACCAGCUAACCGAAGAAAUACCGGGUUUGCUUGUUCACUUGUCAAAACUAAAAUAUUUAAGUUUUUUCGACAACAGUUUAGCAGGGAGUAUUCCACCUUCCUUGGGGAACUUAUCGUCUUUGGAGACGCUUUCUUUGGCCAUGAAUGGACUGAAUGGGGUUAUACCUGAAUCUCUUGGGCAACUGACAAAUCUUUCACGUUUUUCUAUAGCAGUAAAUGCAAUUUCUGGAAUUGUUCCUGUCUCAAUUCUCAAUCUCUCUAAGAUUACAAGUUUCGAUGUCACCGGAAACAAGAUUCAAGGUACUCUUCCUUCUGACUUGGGAAUCACUAUGCCAUAUAUUGAGACAUUUUCUGUCUUACAAAACCAAAUCACUGGACAACUCCCUGUUUCAAUAUCCAAUGCCUCAAAUUUCAUGGAACUUCAAAUUUCAUCAAACCAACUUAGUAAAAACUUGCCUUCAUUUGAAAAGCUGGAUAAACUAUCAAGAUUUCUCAUAAGCGAAAAUCAUUUUAGAAAUGGGGGAACAAGUGACUUAAACUUUCUUUGUUCUUUAACCAAUACUACCAAAGUAGAAACUCUAGAUAUAAGCCAAAAUAAUUUCGAAGGGUAUUACCCAAGUGCAUUCGCAAUUUGUCUAGCACCAUUUUGUUCUAUUCCCCUUGUCAUCGGGAGGCUUCAGAAGCCAGAGAUAUUUUAUGCUCAUGAUAAUUAUUUUCUUUCUGGGCCUAUUCCCCCUUCUAUUGGAAAUUUGACAAUGCUAACCCAACUUUAUUUAAAUAGGAACAAUCUUCAAGGCAACAUUCCUCCAAGUCUAGUUAAUUGCAAAAGUUUGGUUGCAUUGUCUUUUUCUGAUAACAAUCUAAGUGGAUCUAUACCCCCUGAAGUAAUUGGACUCUCAUCAUUGUCCAUUGUUUUAGACUUAUCAUCCAACUAUUUAACUGGUGCCCUUCCUGUUGAAGUAGGAAAUCUGAAAAAUCUAGGUGUGUUGGAUGUUUCUCAUAAUAGGUUAUCUCGUUUGCUUCCAAACAAUCUUGGUAGCUGCGUAAGAUUGGAGUACCUGUUCUUGGAUGGCAAUUUGUUUGAAGGGCCUACUCCUUUGUCUUUGAGUUCAUUGAGAGGUCUUGUGGCAUUAGACAUAUCUGACAAUAAUCUUACCGGUGAGAUUCCAGAAUUUCUUCUGAGCUUUGGGUCAUUAGAGUAUUUAAAUCUAUCUUUCAAUGAUUUUGAGGGUAUGAUACCAAUUGGAGGACAAGCUUUGUGGAGGCAUCCCUGA